AUGUACCAAGUAGUAUAUACUUCUGCUGGCAAUUAUAAUAACGGGAACGCCUUUUGGAUCGAUAGCUUUAUCAAGAAUAAUCAUAGAAAAGUACAAUUCAUCGCGUUCGGAGUUCUCACAGCCUUAUCUUUAUACGUUUUAACACCAAGUAUAUUCAAGAAACGUAAGGACAUGUUCUCGAGCUCGAAAAGAAGUGACAAAUACACUACGGGAUUGAUCAAUAAUAGAAAUGACUGCUUCGCCAACUCUUCUGUUCAGGCCUUGUCAUCUAUGCCCCGUUUAACCCUCUAUCUGAACGACAUUUUGAAACAGGCACAGUUUCUCCGCACUUUAUUAGAACGCAACAACAACGACACAGUGGAAGUCUCGCCUGAGAACUCUCCAGCGCCGGAAGACACCAAGGACACACUUCUUUCUGUGGCAGAUCGGCUGCAGACUGGGAGCCCUAGGCCUAGUCUGCAGGCGUUAUCCUCAAGGCCAGCUCUGACGUCGUUUUCAUCUACAGCAACAAUAACUACCCUGUCCAAUGCAUCUGACGAGGUACGUUCGGAAGAACUUGAAGAACCAAAUGAGAAUUCUUCUGGUACUCGAGUCGAUGAAGGUAACGUUGAGAGCGGGUUUUCCACCGCCUCCAGUGACGAGAUUCCAGAAAUCCCUAUGCAUGAGGGGUUGGCUCAAAUUGUGUAUCAGCUUCAACAAACAGUCACAUCCGAAAAGUACAUAUCAGUAUGGCCUUUCUUGCAUGUUUUAGAGCUGAUUUUCGAGGCAAAGAUAUCUACAGGACAGAAUGAUGCCCAUGAGCUUACACAAGUGAUUCUGGAGACAUUGGAAAAAGAAAACGCCAAAUUAAGAAAAUUCGUGAAAGAUCAAUCACUCAAUGUUAUCAUACCGGAAUUCCCUGUUAAGGGUUCGCUUGCUGAUCAUCUGAUUUGUUUGGGGUGCCAAGGCUCAUCGAAGGUUAACGUACAUCCUUUUUCAAUGUAUCCGAUACCAGUUCCGCAAGAGAUGGCCGCUAAUCUCACCGAAAUUAUUGCUGACAACCAAACUGAGACAAUUGAGGGCUAUUCGUGUCUUUCUUGUAAGAUCAAAGCAAUUUUAGCGCAAGAGAAGUACCGCAAUUAUGCUGGUGAUUCAGAGGAAGAGAAAAAAAAAUCGCCACUUUGGAGAAGAUCAUUCCUGAUGUUUUUAUUAAUGAUGACUUGUCUGAUGAGUUGAUGACCUACAUACGGUCUUACAAGAAAGAUGAUUGUGACACUAGUACCAUGAAAUCAAGAAUUGUCAAGAAGACUGUCGUGGUGGAUUCUCCGCCACUACUUAUCCUUCAUUUAUCUCGAUCUGUGUUCAACGGUAUGAAUUACACCAGAAAUUCAUGUAAUGUGACAUUUCAAGAAGAAAUGCAGAUUCAAGAACAGAAAAUUCAAAACAAUCGCUGCGUUGGUGUCAAGCCCGUGAAGUAUAGGCUCAAAGCGAUGGUCAAACAUCAAGGUUCUCAUUCUCAGGGGCAUUAUGAGUGUUACAGGCAUAAACCUGAUUUUGUUAAAGACGCCAUUACUGGCCAAAUUAUUAAUAGAUCACCUAUUAUAGAUUUCGGAAUGGAUUCGAAUCGCAUGGCCGCAUUCGCUUGGAACCAGUCAGCAAACAACUCCUCUGAUGUAUCUUCGAUAUCCUCUAACGAAUCUGAAUCAUCAACUUCGAGUCCUUUCCGAACGGUCUUUCCGGAAAGCAGCGGCAAUCAACCGUCGAGUACUGCCCUCGUUGAUGAAGAUGAUUACGUUAUCGGAAGCACUGAUUCCGGAAGUUCCAACGCUCCAAGCAGAAAGCCUUCCAAGCUGAAGAAAAUAGCAGGUUUCUUAUCAAGACGUUCAUCUGCAGCAUCAGCUGUCUCUGAUUCGGGAUCUGCAGAUUCCAUCCAACCAGGCAAACGCAGCAGAAUGAAUAGUAUUGCGUCCUUUCACAUGAACCGUGGAAACUCCUACGAUGACUCGGUCGUUUCAUCUUCUGGAGCAGACUUAACUGAAACAAGCGCAAGCGAAGUGGACGACUCCACCUCUGGUGUUAAGCGGAAGCUGAAGAAAAUCAAAAGUGUACUUAAAUAUCCCUACUGGAAGAUUUCAGACGCAGAGGUCAAGGAAGCUAAGGAGGGAGAGGUCUUGGGAGAGACAAGGUUUGUUUACCUGUUGUAUUAUGAACGUGUUGAUGAUUGA